AUGAAACAUGCAAUCUUCUCUUUUCUACAUUCGCAGUUACUCGAUUUUCGUUCUCUCCGUCUAAUAUUUAGCUCGCAGUGCAGGAGACAAAUGGUUGAAACAGACUGUUCAUCGCAAGGUCAUGAUUGCAUGUGUCGAUGUUUCUCGGGUUCAUGUGGACGGAUUUUAAACUGGAUAAGUGACACUCGACCGUACAUACCCCCAAAAGAUCCCGAGGCGAGGAGAUGGUACGAACGUGGGAAAUGCUCGCGGUUCAACCUCAUGUUUCCGUUUUUAACUUUGCUUCUGGCUUUAGUGGAUACGGCAAUGGAUGUGAGAGUGGCGGUGUCUCAUUAUCGCCGUGGUGAUGACAUCUGGGCUUCGCUCACGCUCGCCUUUGUAAUAAUUUCGGUUGUCAUUAUCGAAAUAGUGUCUGCGAACUGGUAUUUGGAGGAUGAAAAGGGUUAUAAGAAGGAAAUCCUUAAGAAACACGGAUUGGAAAUAAAAAAGUGGCAUUAUUUGUGUCAUUUUAUCCUGUGUGGAACUCUCUUAAGGUAGGGACAGUUUGGUAUAGCUGCCUUAACUCGUAAUGUUUCUUGACCAUCCUUCUGUGUUUUAGUUUUAUAGAAGCAAAUGUUUACCUGUUUAACUCGAUCUGCAGUUAGUACAAACCCCAAAUUUAAAGUAACAUUCUGUAAGUCUAUAGGCUUUUCUUAGGAUAAGUUUAUAGUAUUUAGAAUGAUGUAAUAUCGCAUACAAUUGUGUAAUAAUCACUUUACACAGGAGAUAGAUCCAUUGUCAUAUGACACGAGCUGGUUUUGCAAGGUCACCUGCCGGUUCUUAGAGAAUAUUUUGAAAGUCAUAUACCGUAACACUAACCCUGAGCGAAAAAUUUAUCCAGUAGGGUAAAGAAAGAAACACACCAAAACUCAAACUUCACGCUUUUUCACACAUAAAUUCGUCCAUAUCUUGUGUGAUGUGACUUGCGUAACUGGACGCAAGUUACUUUACUAUCUAACAGAGCGCUAGACACAAAUUAUUAAAUUCAUUUAUUUUUAUCAUCGGCUACUGCAGAUGACAGACCUGACAGAUUCGUUGUGCUGUGUUCUUGGACUAGACACUCGACUCACACAAUAUGUCUCUCAACUUCGGAAUAUAAAUGAUUACACUGUCUCGGGAGCCUGACGAAAUGCAGGGGGGGUUGACGGUGACCUUCCUCGCGGUAGAUUGUCAUCACAUCGGGGAAUGGAAAUGAAACACACUUCGGCUGAAUGGGCCACUCGGCUCAAUUGCAAACAUUUAGAAGCAUAAAUAUUACAAAGUUGUUUUAUCUUUGCAGAUGCUGCCAAAUAUUUAAAACCGUGCGUCUUAUACGACGCAUCAAAGGCCAAACAUCGGAUGAUAAAGAACGUUACCGCCUGUACAUUGCUCAACUGCAAGACGCAAGUACUCUUGGUGUCUUAGAGGCGUUUAUGGAAGAAGCACCUCAGGUGACCCUUUUCAUCCCUAACAUUAGAAUGCAUAUUCUCCAUACUGUCCCUUAUCAGGAGCCCAUUACUUGGCUCCUGCCUUUAUACUUUUCAAAUGGUCCUGACACGGAGACUGUAGCGUUUGAUUCAGAGGGUGACAUUGCAAGGGGAAAUGAUUUUUAGUCAUCCCGAUGUGAGAAGGUUUAAUUUCUGGGAAAUGAUCGCCCCUUGACAUUUUGUAAACUUUGCCCCGUUUACUAGGGAUAGAAUUCUAACGAACUAGACUCAAUCAAACUGUUUUAUUCCACUCUCGUAUUCGCUUAUGUACAACGGGUGUGUAGAAAGCUACUCUGCAAAAUUUGUAAGAAAUCACUCUCUUACACGAUAUUCUCUACAUUGUGAUUGGUUGUUGCUAAGUACUGAUUUAAAAGGUCAUUAAAGGUUGCGUUGAUCAUGUAAACCGAUCAAUGUCUCAAAAUCACAACAGGCGGUGCUUCUAGCUCUUGACAUAAUGUUCACACUCAUCAUCUGACAUGUGUCUGACAAAGUCUCCGACAGACAUAGGAUUGCGUAUCAUCAUCGUUCAAUGCAAAUAAGUGGGAAAAACUUAUUGACAUUCCUACAAUUCUCGGAGGCCUUAGGUUGCAGCCUGAAAAAAGAGUGGCUCUCGCCCUUUUCUACAUCCUUCGGGCUUUCCCCUUGCGCGCGCAUCGGGUUUCCUCGCCUCUCUUCAGGAGAUGAGUCCGCGCUCUUCCACCCCCCCGAGAAGUUCAAAAAAACGAAUCCGAUAAAAUUUUUUCCAGCGUAUACUGAUCUUAAAAACAUAAAGUAAGAUAAAGCUGAUAAGUGCUACAUGUUUUAUGAUAUUUUAACUUCAAAAUCCUCAUCCAACAGCUAAUCUCUUAAUUCUUCCCAUUUUUGUCCAAUAGGUCGCCUUACAAAUUUACAUCUUACUGCGACGAGGGAGCGUAGACUUAGGAUCGUUUGAAGAUCUGAUUGUUGUUCUCAGCAUCCCAAAGUCCCUUGCUCUCUUCGCCUUACACCUUGUGAUCUAUGCACGAUAUCUCAGGGACGGAGAUGAAGAAAGUCCGCAGAUGAGUUGGUGUAGUUUUAGUUCGCUUUUGUAUUUCGUGUGGCGUCUGUUUAUGCUCACAUCCAGGAUCUUAGCUCUCGCUCUGUUUGCUUCUCAUUUCACUCGCUUCGUGUUUGUGGUUGCCGGAAUUCACUUUAUUUUAUCAUACGCCCUGCUAUGGAGACAGAAUUGCGAAUAUUUCGAGGGCGCUCCGAUUAAACAGAAAUUAUUCAGAUGUGCUAUUGCGUAUGUCCAUAUGUUCUGCUUCUUUCCACUGGAAGGCAAAAACACUCGGAAAUGGGGUUAUCCGUAUUACAUAGUGACUUUUAUCGAAAACAGUGCUAUAGUUCUUCUGUGGAACUUUGUGGCCAGUUACAACCUGAAAUUCAGAAUAACAAUGCUGACUGCAGAAUGGACGACUUUUGCAAUCGGAAUAACUUCUCUAGUUUUAUUCUAUCGCUGUUUUCAUCCUUCAUCUUAUCUGACUACGGAAAGAUCAGCGAGGCAGAUCCAGAGCGUGACUGAAAACGGCUCCAUGCAUCAGAGUUCUUCGACUUGUAAUGUCAACGACGUGUGAGGGAACAGAAUAUGGUUUUUUUUCGGGAGUGGUACAGACCAGGAGCCUAAGUAAUGACUCAUUUUUACCGCCCACUGAGAACUACGAAUACAAAACCAACAAAAAACUGGCAAUAAAAAUUGUUUGUAUUACAGCUGCUUGUCACUUCAUCAAUAUUGAUAACCUUAAAAAGGCUCUGGAAAAAUAUUGUGACAUUUUUCGUGGCGGUCAUUUUAUGUUUGUCACCCUAGUGGUAUUGGUCCACAAACAUCCCCCACCCCACCCCCCUUCUACUCCUCGCCAGUACAAAAAAGGUGCCUCAAUGUCACAUUUAAAAAUAAAUAGAUUCAGGAGCCCAUUACUCCUGUUUGGACUCCUGAUAGAUUAGAUUGGUGACUAGAUGUUGCCGGUCUCCUUUAACAAAUUUUUUUCUGUCAGGUUGUUUUAGGACCUUUUCGAAAAUUGAAGUAAAUACAUCAGUGAAAAGUCUUCUUAUCUUAAUAAAGGGGGUAAGUUUCUAAACAAACUAUAAGUACUUUAGUGUUAUCAACUCAGUUGAUAACUCUAAAUUGCCUUCUUGUUUUAGUCAAUUUUCAUUUUCUUUUGUUUUUCAUAAAAUCCUCAGUCAGUCGAGGGUUGAAAUCUUAGCUAUCAAAUCCUCAUGGACGCAGGUUUGCACACGCAGAACAAGACCAAGUAUGAUUGAUCUCCCUUCUUUUUUAAAUUCGAAAGUAAAUAGCUGUCACUGACGGAUUAGUCUUUGGUUCGCUGGACUUCAUAAGUCACGUUCCUUUCACAUCACGCAAUAAAAAUCGAUCGGUCACGAGUCAAAGAGCCGUGACAAGGAACGUGCUGAUUCUAAAGUGCUAUCUUUUUCUCGUCAUUCCUAUCUCUUCGUUUAUUAAAUUUCAAGGCUGAGAUCGAAAAUAAACGAGAUGAACUGUCACCUAUCGGCAAAGUAAAAUUUAUGCAAAUCAAACUGUGUUUAUUUUCUUUCCAGAGUCUUGUAAUUAAAUUAUUUUCAUGGAAACCGAAAAUACCAUCUGGCAAAGCUCUGACUUCCUCUUUUUAGUCCAAAGAGGAAUGGGAGAGGCUUUCGGGUGUUGACUUUGGGUAAAUUCCCAGAAGUUAUAAAUUUAACCACACUUCCGGUCAUCAGGAAUGAGCUUUCUAUUUCAAAGCGAUCAUAUUUCACGUGCGGUGGCCUAUAAGCAGUCUGGUAAUUGCCAGAGCAGCUUGACGCUGCUAGUGUGGAAAGAAGAGCCAUUCAUAAAAGGUUGGUAAAUGGAUGAAAUCGUGUGCUUUACUCAGAGGAUAACUGGAAUGUACAAGCUUAACAAAUUUUAUUGUUAAACGCUGUAGUAUGAGCGGUGUGUUUGGACUUCGUCAUGUAGACUUUGAACUAUCUCAAAUUGACUCAGGAAAUCGAAAUUUCAGCGAUCAAAUUUGCCAAAACUGUACUUAAACUUUCUUCUCGAAUCAUUCUUAAGAUAAUCCAAGGAGGAAUUUGUUUCACCGAGGUCUGAAAGCUGUAUUGAAAUAGGAAUUUUUCGGUGAGUUUUUGAAUGACAAUAUUAUCGAACCUUUCUUAGUUUCAGUUUCACGUGCAAUUGAACAGUGAUGUAUGGGGGGGAAUGGCUACAGAAUACCCUGCCACUCAUUUACAUGUCAUUAACACGUAGGCUAAUUGCUGCGUCGCUCCUUGUUGAGAGGACUGGGCGCACCGAAAGUAGAGACUGCGUUGGUCCCAAUUCCUCCCUUUAUAAGGAACAAAAUGUCAGUCGUUGUGUUUUAACAGAGGACGGAAAUAUUAUGCUUUUUUAACAGUAAAUAUAUAAUUUGGUUAUGAUUUGUGUUUCUUAUUUGAAAAGCAAACGUUAAGAAAAAAUAGCGCAAUUUUCAAAACUGUUAGUGCUGGUAACAUGAUAUCGGUUACUUGUACUCGCCUAGUCUAUGAGGCCGAGGGCCUUCUCGAGUAUUCCUUAACUCGUAAUUUUUUCUGCAGAGAAUAAAAUGGUUGAAUCUGUCGAUGCUAGGUCAAAAACAUGUUGCUGCGAACUUUUUAAACGAGUUGCAGACCAUCGACCCGAUUUUACGGAGGUGGAUCCUGAAGCGAAACUUUGGCAACAGAGGGGACAGUGCAGCCGAUUUGGCCUAGUGACCCCUUUAUUUACAGCUUUGAUGUUCCUUGUCGAUGUUGUUAUGGACUGCGAAAUGGCUGCAACGCACUACAGAGAGGGGAACCACAAAUGGGCAGCAUAUACGCUGGCCGUAGUCAUAUUUUCACUGGUUUUUAUUGAGGUCUUGUCAGCCAUAUUUUACCGUGACGAUCAAACAAAUGAAGGAAAAAGUUCGUGGCUGAAAUAUUUCCAAUUACAAGUGAAGCCUUGGUUUUAUGCUGUCCAUUUGAUCUUUUGCGGUCGUUUUCUACGGUAAGGUUAGGUAAAGAGUUUAACUCAAAUGAGAUUUUAAAUUUCUUGGUUAAAAUUUUUCCGAGCCACAUGUCUAUGGGUGAUUCCGAGCACAGUAAAGAUCCCGCGGUAAGGGUGAGGUUCUUAGAGAUGAGCCUUUCUUCAAAAGUUAGUUGUUGGUGUGGCUUCAUUCACUCGUUACCUAAAUGAUAUGCUGAGCAGUGGAUGAUUUUGUCAUUAUUUUUUUUGGUCGCUCGUUGUAUGAAUGACAAUCUCAGAGCUUGUAAGCUGUGCGCUUAACUAAUACCCAAUUUACACCAAAGCUAUGGUACUUUUUAAAGCUGUUUCCUCAUAGGAUUUGCUCAAACUGCUGUUUGUCGACUUCAAAAGAAACACUCUUAAAUUGAUUGUUGUUAGAAGUUUCCUCGCUUUCGGACGCUCUUGGAGUUAAUUUAAGUAUGUUUUUCUAAAAGAUUGUUUCAGAUACUCAAGACUGUGCGUUUCAUAAGAAGAAUUUCUACGCCGCAUAAAGAAAAUAGUGAGUUGUAUCGGUUGUAUAUAUCCCAACAAGUAGACACAAGUACAUUGAGCGUUGUGGAAGCGUUUACCGAAGAAGCACCCCAGGUAGGUGAAGCCGUUAGGGGACUGGGGAAAAUUUUUCUUUUCUUCGUCCAAGGGUUAGGGGUUAGGACUCAGGAACUGCGUAGGGUUUUCUAUCCGUUAAAUUUGAAAUAGCAGUUGUUUUACUCCUCGCGAAAGUUUUGAAUCGAUUUCCCUUGAAAUGGGAAACAGGCGUUAAAGAAAUCUCGAACUCAGAUCCUACCAUGUAAUUGUAACUGAAAUGUAGGGACCUUACAACCGCUUGGCCGUGAAAGGCCAGGGUACGAGACUAGCGUCAAAUUCACCACGAAUAGUCAUAGUAACCGAAUUAAAAUUCCAGACUAAAAGGAGAGUAAUCACGACAAAGGAACCAAAAGCAAAUUUUCCUGAAAGCCUCUGAGAACCCAAAGUAAAAACAAGCAGCCAACCUGAUAGGCGGAAAAACAUGUAAUGCAAGUUUUGAGUCCCGCAUCUGAUUGGUUCAGAGAUUGUUGCGAGUUUUCUGAACUAAUUACCAAGCGAAGUAAAACCAAGCUAAAUAAAGCAAAACCAAUCAUUCAUUGGGCCUAUUUCAAAAUUCAAUCGAAAAUUGUUCCAGUAGGCGUUUCCCUUAAUCAAAGAAAGCUAUCAUAACAUGUGCGGUUGAUGAAAAAGACCGGCUUACUUUUUGGAGGAACAAAGUGAAAAAAUAAAACUAAUAAGUUUAGACUUAUUAAAACAGUGGAUAAAGAUAGAAUAAGACAGAUGGUAAUUUUUUUUUUCGUUCCAUACUCGCGAAAAGACGAAAAACAUCUUUCAUUAGUAGAUAGAAAUGUGGGCGCACUUUGAUUGGCUACUCAAACCGCGAAUAUCCUUUACUAUUCACCUCCGAGCAACGUGCGCAAGGUAUGCUGGGAUAAAUGAAUUAAAAUCAUCUCUUUUUGCGGUAUGAUGUCACUGUUUUAGUAUAUAUAUAUACUGAGAGAAUUAUUCACCUCAAUGUGAGUGGCUAGCGGUAGAUAUUUACUUAGCCGCACCCGGCUCGGUAAAUAUCCACCACCAGCUACGUCGGCGGACAGUUGUUAAAUAUCAUUUUUAUCUUUAGGUUGCCCUACAGAUGUACAUCCUGGUUCAGAAAUCAAAUUUGGACUGGACAUCUUUUGCGGAUUGGUUUAUUUUAGUGAACAUCAUCAAGUCUUUAAGUUUCUUCUCCUUUAAUCUGCUCAAUUAUGGCAGAAUGUUACGCUUAGGAAGAGAAGACAGCCAAUUAUUGGAACUCUUCAGCUUUGCCUCUCUUUUUCACUUCGCUUGGCGUUUGUUUAUGGUUGCUUCUCGUACCCUGGCUUUGGUGCUUUUCGCUUCUCUUUACCAAGCCUGGGUUUUCGCCGUCGUUUGUGUCCAUUUGUUGUUCUCCUACUUGCUUUUACGUGGACAGCCAAAUAAUUACUUCGAAGAAGGAUCGGUAUACGACAAAAUUCUCAGAUUUGCGUUUAGUUUCGUAAGCGUGUUUUGUUUCUUUCCAUUGGCGGGCAAAGACACUCGAAAGUGGGGAGGCCCUUAUUAUAUGGUGACGUUCAUCGAAAACUCCAUCUUAGUGUUGAUGUGGUAUUUCUAUAGCGACCAGAAGCAUUCUUAUAAGGUGAUGAUGUUGAUAGCAGAGUGGGGCUUAUUUUUGUUUGGUCUGCUCUCCUUAUUAGUUUAUUACGGUGUUUUUCAUCCCUCCUUAAAAGACCAAAACGAUGCUGGUUCCUGUCGCAUUAUUUCCUCUUUUCCAAUCGAAUUACGACCCCCCGAGAAACUUGUACCGGGUCAAGAGAAAGAAAAUGGACAAAAUGUCACUCAACAGUAUGAAAGUAACGUUUGAAUUCUCUUUGACACUGAAGUGGGCGGAAUAUUUAAAAAAGGAACUUCUGCGGAGUUGUUUCAAAGACUAAUUUUUACAUGUGUGAUAUACACGGGUAAAGUCCGACCUGUAAUUAUAAGAAUUUAGUAAAACAAUUUCCAUGCUGGAAUUUACACGUGUAUCUCGACUUAGUACACAAGCGUAAAUUUCAAUUGUAGAAUUACCUUUGUAAAAUUAUACAAGAGGGUCUCAAUGGGCGAUGGAUCUUAAAACUAAUGGUUCAUUUCUUCCCGUUAGUUUUAAAAAAAGCCUUUUUUUCCGGGUAAUCUUCCUUAUGACUAAUGGCUAAAAUUUGUCAAUUUUCACUCCAAACGGCUAUUUCUUUCUGCCGUUUUUACAGCUUGCGGUUAUAGCCCAUUGAGACCGUCUUACAACUGUAGACUCCGCUUGAAAGUAAAAGCAUCUUUCACAUAUGCAGUUAAAAAUCGCUAUUUUCCUCGUAAAACAUGCGGCAUUGUUUCGUUUGAUUACAGUUUUAUUCUUGUCAGUCGUUGAGUAUGUUAUCCAAACGUAAAACUUGCAAGCAAUGUAGACCAUAUCAAAUGCAACAGUAUACUUCCAAAGAGUUCCUGAACUAUGUUAUCGUCAUCGUAUAGUAAAAUAGGUUGUUAAUAUGUGAAUGAAGAAGAAAAUAAAAAAAUGAAUAGGC